AUGCCCAUGAUGACGGUAGCGAUGGAGAUGAUAAAGAUCCUGGAGAUGGUGCUGACACUGGCGGCGACAACGAUGAUGAGGCACCUCCAGCACCGACAAGCGCAGUACUCGCCUUUUCCAAUGGCGGCUUCCGAGCUUCGAUCAGAGUCAGAGUUUGACUGGGGAUAG